AACAUUUAAAUUUAAAACUGUGAGGAUAAAGAACAAGUGCGCAAAAUGUGUACCAUUCUUGUUGUAAGGUUUUAUUUAUUUUAUUUUGUAAGGACUUGAAUAAGAAUCCUAAUCAAACGCCAAAGACCAUGACCUCCUUGUCAAACGCACCAAACAGCGCCACCCGCUGGACAUUAUUAUGUACUACAAGCUUGUCCACAUCACAUUUUMAUAUUCACCUGAGGAGGACUCUUUUACUGCUCAGAACUCGACAUAUUUAGAAAAACAAGUCUAAAUGGAGUCGGUGUACACCCAGGGCAUUUGGCUGGCUGAAACUCUCCAGCAGCGGACAAAGAGUCUGGAAAAUGUUUGGCUCUUCAGCACUCACAUCGGAGAUCCUAAAGCUGCGUUCCUGCUCGUCUUUCCUUUCACCUAUUUUUUCAGCAAACGAGCUGGUGUCGCGGUGCUUUGGGUCUCAGCUAUAUCAGAGUGGUUAAACCUGGUGCUUAAAUGGCUGUUGUUUGGAGAAAGGCCCUUCUGGUGGAUCGGUGAAUCCCGUUUAUUUGUCAGCGUGCAACCUGAGCUUCAUCAGUUCCCAUCUACCUGUGAAACCGGCCCAGGGAGUCCAUCAGGACAUGCGAUGGUGACAGCAGCCGUCUGGUGGGUUGUGGUGUCCUCGCUUUGGUCAUUUCUGUACUCUCAUACGCACAGUGUGCUGCUGUCAGCUGCUCCCUGCCUGUUUUACGGGCUGAUUCUGGUUGCAGUUGGACUAUCCAGGGUCUUCAUCCUCGCUCAUUUCCCUCAUCAGGUCAUUGCUGGGUGCAUCGCAGGGUUAAUUCUGGGGAUUGUUCUGAGCCGCAGAGUACCUGAAGGGCGCCCCCUGCUGUUCUUCUUCAGCCUCAGCGUCGGCCUGUUGCUCAGUGCUGUGAUGCUCCAUGUGGGGCUGCAYCAGCUUGGGAUUGACCUUUCAUG